UGAUACUAAUUACUGGCGUGGAGAAGACGACGAAUGCAAAUCAUUUGGACAUGAUCCUAAUCGCCCUGCUGUGCGUUCUGGCACAUAUAAGACUCCAAAGUCACAAUGUAAAGGUGGCGAGGACCUUGAAAAAGAUAUUUUAAGGAUCAGCGAUGAAGAGGGUACGUAUUUUAACACUACAAAUUCUCGUGAAAUAAUCAUUAGAACGCAAAAGUUUGACACUCUCAUAACGGACUUCUUUUACGUUGAUAACACCACAACAAUUCUUAUUCGUUCGAAUGAUCAAGUUUGGAAAAGUGAUGACGAAGGUUAUUCAUGGGAACUUAUUAAAGAUCUUAAAGGCGCUAAAGUUCUUGCUAUGAUCCAAAAUCCUUAUUUUAAAGAACAUAUAUACUUUAUUACACUGUCUAACACCCAAUAUUAUACUACUAAUGCCGGCAAGAGUAUAUCCCCGAUGAAAGUUCGUGAGCAACCUAAUGUUCUUGAGUUACCAAUUCUAAAAUUCCAUCCUACGGAAAAGGAAUGGCUUAUAUAUACUGCUAGCGUAAAAUGUGAUGAAAUAUUUUCACUUGAAUGUAAAGCUGUGGCAUAUUAUACACAAGAUAAUGGUGGAAAUUGGGAGGAACUUGAUAAUUAUGUUAGAACUUGCUCGUGGGCACUCGAUACCAAAUUUGUUGUUGAUGAUAAAAAAUUUAUCUUUUGUGAAUCAUAUAAAAAUAAAAGAGGAUCACAAAAAUCGUUUAUCAACAAUCCACUUCAAUUAUGGUCAUCUCAUGACUUUGGUAAAAGUAAAACUACAGUGUCUGAUGAUAUUGUUGGAUUCACUACUUUUGAACAAUACAUGGUAGCCGCUGAGGCGCGUAUUUCUUCAUUAAAUUUAAGAUGUUCUAUCUUGCAAUCUGGUCAAGGUCUUCGCCUAUUGGUAUCCUUGGAUGGCAAAAAUUUCACAGAAGCAAAGUUCCCGGUUAACAUGCAAUUAACAAAAAAUGCCUUCACUGUUUUAAAGUCUGUCACCUCUUCUAUCAUAUUACAUGUUACCACAUCACCCCAAGUUACCACAGCACCUCAAAACCUAUGGGGGAAUAUUUUAAAAUCAAAUUCUAACGGAACCGACUUUGUUCAAUCUUUGGAGUUCGCGAACCGUAAUGAACUAGGCUUUGUUGAUUUUGAAAAAAUGAAAGGAAUUAAGGGAAUUGCUUUAGCAAAUGUAGUCGACAAUGUGGAUGAGUUAAUUGUGGGUGGUACUGGUACCAAGAAAAAAUUGAAAACUAAAAUUACGUUUAAUGAUGGUAGUACUUGGAAACCAUUAACAAAACCUGAAUCUGAUUCGAAUGGUACGACGUAUGAUUGUAAUGAUGGUUGUUCUUUGCAUCUUCAUGGCUAUACCGAACGCCGAAGUCCUCACGAUGCUUUUAGUUCUCUCACUGCUGUGGGUUUGAUGAUGGGUGUAGGAAAUGUUGGAGAUCAUCUAACCUCCUACUCGGACGGUGAUACUUUCUUAACUCGAGAUGCUAGUAAAACAUGGGUUGAAGUAAGGAAAGGAGCACACUUAUAUGAAUUCGGUGGCCAAGGGGCCGUUUUGAUCAUGGUAGACGAUGAAGGACCUACAAAUAGUUUCCUGUAUUCGCUUAAUGCGGGUAAAACAUGGCAAGAACAUAAUUUCACACAACCGACGGAGCGUGUUCGAGUUCAUGCUAUUGCAACUUACCCUAGUGGUAUCAGUAAUAAAUUCCUUUUACAUGGGAGUUAUGAAGGCGAUUUGGAUAAAGAAGUUAUAGUUUAUCUUGAUCUUUCUGUCAAGCUGCCCAACAAAUGCACCAUAUCUGAUUUUGAAGAAUGGGUACCAUCUCAUUCUGAAAAAGGGUGUUUCUUCGGCGAAAAGAUCAAAUAUUAUCGUAAAAUUUUUGAUCGUACGUGUUAUAUUGAUGAUGAGAUCAUGACUCCUAAUGAAACUGCAACGUGUUCCUGCACUAUACAAGAUUUUGAAUGUAAAGAAUCAUGUGAACUAGCGCCCAAUGACAAUUUUUUAGAAUCCAGCAUGAAGGAACAAUGUGCUAAUGGGGAAAUAUAUUGGUACAAACCAUCUGGCUACCGUAAGAUUCCUAUCUCCAAUUGUUCGGGUGGUGAAGAUCAUACAAAAAAACUAGAACAACUUUGCCCUCGUGCAUCUUCUGCUCUGUUUGUGGUUUUAUUUGUCUUUUCAUUUUGUAUGAUUGUAGGAAUGUUUGUAGCAUAUGUCGUGUACAAUAGACGCAGCCGUUAUUCUGGAUAUUCAACAUUAGGGCGUGUUCGUAUUAGAGACCCUUUAAGCUUUAUAUUAUCAUUGUUUUCAAGCAUAUCAUCAACGGUUAUGGAUCUCAUUUCGUCGAUCAAAGUACCAACGUUUAUUUCACGAAUCUUUUCAGGGAUUCCAAUUUCAACUUCACGUUCUGGAUAUCAAUAUAGUCCUCUGUCACAAGAUGAUCACGGGGAAAAUCAUCUCGGAGUCUCGUUAGAUGAUUACAAUGGUGAUGGCGAAUAA